AUGAGCAACCUGAAAAACAUCCUCGAGCCUAGUGCGAUCGCGGGGAUAUUCACACUAGGAGCGUGGAUCAACCGGCGUGCCGAUCGUUAUGAUCGUGUGCAUGAUCCUUCGCGCACACCACUACUGCACGAGGAUGAAUCUGAGCGAGAACAGGAUACUUAUGGCGAACCCGGAGAAGCUGUAGUUGCCGAGACAGCCAGACUAAAACCUCAACUGAGAUUUCAUUCCCGCUGGCUGGCGCGGUACCCAUUCCUUCUCGAGAUCUGGUACUGGCUGCUUAUUUACUGGAUAUAUCAAGGCGCGCGAGCCGUCUCCGCACGAGUCAUCGCUAACAACAAACCUAUCUUCCAAAAAGCCGAGCACCAUGCCAUCCUUCUCCUCUCCCUUGAGCACUACCUCCACAUCGAUAUUGAACUCUCCGCCCAGCAAUUCAUUCUUACCAAAUCACCCCGACUGAUCGGUAUUCUCGCCAGCAUUUACUACUCCCACAUCAUCGUCGGCGUUGCCUUCUACGUCUACAGCUACACAUACCUCCCACGCAACCGGUAUCAAGCCUUCCGACGCACCCUAGCCCUAACAAACGCUAUCGCGUUCGUAAUCUUAUCGCUCUGGCGAUGCAUGCCCCCGCGUCUCCUCCCUUCAGACUACGGUUUCAUCGAUGUGCUGCACGGCGAGAACUCGGGGUCGGCGUGGACGCGAAACAAAUUCCAAUUAACCAUUGCGGCGAUGCCUUCGCUGCACUUUGGUAACUCGGCGUUUCUUGCGUUUUGUCUUGUGGUAUACAGUCCGCACGGGUUUCUGCGAGUCGUUGCUCCGCUUUGGCCAGUGGUGAUGGGAGUGACGGUGGUUGCGACUGCGAAUCAUUUCGUUCUCGAUAUGGUGGUUGGUAUUGUGCUUAUUGCUAGUGCUUAUUAUUUAAAUCGGGUUCUGUUGGUUCUCUUGCCAGUUGAGAGGGUGUUGUUUCGGUUGAUAGGGUUGGAGAAGCCUCGGAAUGCGUUUGAUGGUAAGUAG